AUGGGGGAGGAUCCAAGGCACGUGAUCCCAAAAGCCAUCAUUGGCAAGUCCAGCGACGACGACUUCCAAACCUGGUUCAAUCAAGGGCUUGGAUCACUAACAAUUUACAAAUACAAGGAUGAUCCCCAAUCCUUUGCUACAAUGGAAAUGAUAUCAACAAAACUUUGCCUCGUCACAGUUGGGGCUACCGCUUCGUUUGAAAGACUGAUCCGCCAAGUCCUCAAUGAGGCUUUCCUCGCUCAAUUGGCCAAAUAUCAUUACACCCAUCUUCUUGUUCAAUACGGGAAAAAUGGGGAGAAAAUCUGGAAUGAAUUUAAUGAGAAAUUCCCGCCUGGAUGCGAGCAGCUUCAAGGCGUUACUGUUGGGGGCUUUGAUUUUAAACCCGACCUAUGGCGGUAUAUGCGUAUGGCCGUGAAAGAGCAGAAUCAAGAUCUCGGCAUCAUCAUUUCUCAUGCCGGCACUGGAACCAUUCUGGAUGCGCUUCGCUUAGCCUUACCUUUGAUCAUUGUGCCCAACCCCGAUCUUGCGGACAACCAUCAAGAGGAUCUGGCUGUGGAAAUGGAGCAGAUGAAAUACGCCGUUCGUGCUGAUAUUGAGGACUUGAUUGCGGCACUCGACACGGCAGAAGCUCAGGCUCCGGAACAGCUGAGUCGACCUCAUGGCCCGGAGGAUGCUCUGGCUGGUCUGGUUUCCGAUCAGCUCCAGGAUGUGGAUUGA